GUUCAGUAAGGAGUUUUUGAGCUGUGAUGUGAAUGAACGACAACAUUUCUCUGUAACAUCUGUGUGUUUCCUGUUUCCUGCAGACGUCCAGCAGCUGUUGGUGGUUAAAGAAGAGGUUCCCCCUGAGCAGCAGGAGUGGAGCUCCAGUGUGGACCAGGAGGACCCAGAGCCUCCACACAUUAAAGAGGACCAGGAGGACCCAGAGCCUCCACACAUUAAAGAGGAACAGGAGGAACUCUGGAUCAGUCAGGAGGGAGAGCAGCUUCAAGGGCUGGAGGAGGCUGAUAUCACCAAGUCCAUAUCCAGUCCUGUCCCUGUGAAGAGUGAAGAUGAUGAAGAGAAACCUCAGUCCUCACAGCUUCAUCAAAGACACACUGAAGAGAUGGAAACUGGAGCUGAUGGAGAGGACUGUGGAGGACCAGAACCAGCCAGGAACUCAGAUCCAGAUAUACAUUUACAACCUGAGACUGAUGACAGUGGUGAUUGGACAGAGACCAGAGAACCUCAGUCAGGUUUAAACUCUCUUAAAAAUGAUGAAGACCCUGUCAAUGACUUGAAAUGUAGUGUGGAUGAGAAACCAUUUAGCUGCUCUGAGUGUGGGAAAAGAUUUUCUCGGUCAGGUGCUCUGAAUUCACAUAUGAAAUUUCAUACAGGAGAAAAACCAUAUAGCUGCUCUGAGUGUGGGAAAAGAUUUUCUCACUGUGGAGAUCUGAAGAAACACAUGAGAUUUCAUACAGGAGAAAAACCAUUUAGCUGCUCUGAGUGUGGGAAAAGAUUUUCUCAGUCAGGUCAUCUGAAUUCACACAUGAGAUUUCAUACAGGAGAAAAACCAUUUACCUGCUCUGAGUGUGGGAAAAGAUUUUCUCAAAGUGGAGAUCUGAAGAAACACAUGAGAUUUCAUACAGGAGAAAAACCAUUUAACUGCUCUGAGUGUGGGAAAAGAUUUUCUCAAAGUGGAGAUCUGAAGAAACACAUGAGAUUUCAUACAGGAGAAAAACCAUAUACCUGCUCUGUGUGUGGGAAAAGAUUUUCUUACUCAAAAACUCUGAAGUCACACAUGUCAACUCAUACAGGAGAAAAACCAUAUAGCUGCUCUGAGUGUGGGAAAAGAUUUUCUUGGUUAGGUGCUCUGCAGACACACAUGAGAACUCACACAGGAGAAAAACCAUUUAGCUGCUCUGAGUGUGGGAAAAGAUUUUCUCACUCAAAUACUCUGAAGUCACACAUGUCAACUCAUACAGGAGAAAAAUCAUAUAGCUGCUCUGAGUGUGGGAAAAGAUUUUCUUGCCAUCAGAAGAUACACAUGACAACACAUACAGGAGAAAAACCAUUUAGCUGCUCUGAGUGUGGGAAAAGAUUUUCUCUCUCAAAUACUCUGAAGAUACACAUGAGAACUCAUACAGGAGAAAAACCAUUUAGCUGCUCUGAGUGUGGGAAAAGAUUUUCUCAAUCAAGUCCCCUGAAGGCACACAUGACAAUUCAUGUAGGAGAAAAACCAUUCAGCUGCUCUGAGUGUGGGAAAAGAUUUGGUGAUAGGGGAAAUCUGAACGUACACAUGAGAUCUCAUACAGGAGAAAAACCAUUUAGCUGCUCUGAAUGCGGGAAAAGAUUUUCUCAGUCAGGUACUCUGAAGACACACCUGAGAUCCCAUACAGAAGAAAAACCAUUUAGCUGCUCUGAAUGUGGGAAAAGAUUUUCUUGGUUAAGUGCUCUGAAGAGACACAUGAGAACUCACACAGGAGAAAAACCAUUUACCUGCUCUGAGUGUGGGAAAGGAUUUUCUCAAUCAAGUCAUCUGAAGAAACACAUGAGCACUCACACGGGAGAAAAAACAUUUACUUGUUCUGUAUGUGGGAAAACAUUUGGCCGCAUGACAGGUGUUAAAAGACACAUGAUGACACAUACAGGAGAAAACCCAUUCAGCUGCUCUGAGUGUGGGAAAGGAUUUGGUCGAAAAGCACUGCUGACAGCACAUAUGAGAUCUCAUACAGGAGAAAAACCAUUUAGCUGCUCUGAGUGUGGGAACAGAUUUUCUCACUCAAAUACUCUGAAGAUACACAUGAGAACUCAUACAGGAGAAAAACCAUUUAGCUGCUCUCAGUGUGGGAAAAGAUGUUCUCUCUCAAAUACUCUGAAGAUACACAUGAGAACUCAUACAGGAGAAAAACCAUUUAGCUGCUCUGAGUGUGGGAAAAGAUUUUCUCUCUCAAAUACUCUGAAGAUACACAUGAGAUCUCAUACAGGAGAAAAACCAUUUAGCUGCUCUGAGUGUGGGACGAGAUUUUCUCACUCAUAUAAUCUGAAAGUACACAUGCGAACUCAUACAGGAGAAAAACCAUUUGGCUGCUCCGAGUGUGGGAAGAGAUUCCGUAGUCGAGAAGAUGUGAGGGCACACAUAAGAACUCAUACAGGAGAAAAACCUUUUAUCUGCUGUGAGUGUGGGAAAAGAUUUGGUCGGUCUGUUACUCUGAAUGUACACAUGAGAACUCAUACAGUAGAAAAACCAUUCAGCUGCUCUGUGUGUUGGAAAAGCUGUGGUGACAGGAGAAAUCUGAAUGUACACAUGAGAUCUCAUGCAGGAGAAAAGCCAUUUAGCUGCUCUGAGUGCAGGAAAAGAUUUUCUCAGUCAGGUGCUCUGAAGAUACACAUGAGAACUCAUACAGGAGAAAAACCAUUUAGCUGCUCUGAGUGUGGGAAAAGAUUUUCUCACUCAAAUACUCUGAAGAUACACAUGCGAACUCAUACAGGAGAAAAACCAUUUAGCUGCUCUGAGUGUGGGAAAAGUUUUUCUGAAAGUGGAAAUCUGAAGACACACAUGAGAAUUCAUAUAAGAGAAAAACCACAGAGCUUUGAGAGUUUGGGAAGAGAUUCAUGCUCAAAGAAAACUUAGGUAUUCACAGGACAAUCCACACAGGAGAGAAACCUUUCAGCUGCCAUGUUUGUGACCAGAGAUUCAUGUGGCCUCGCCAAAUCAAAAAUCAUCAGUGUGUUGGUUGUCAGUCCUCACAGACUCAUCAAAGUGAAACUGAGGAGAACAGAGAGGCAGAGCCUCCAGCCAGCAGCUCAGCUGAACAUAUGAAAACAGAGGCUGAAGGAGAGGACUGUGGAGGACCAGAACCAGCCAGGAACUCAGAUCCAGACACACAUUUACAACCUGAGACUGAUGACAAGACGGGAGAGUCUUCUGAACCUGAGACUGAUGAUAGUGACGAUGAUUGGAAAGAGACCAGAUAAUCUCAGUCAUGUUUUUGCUGUGAACUUGUAGCUUCUUGUCAGUUGUUAGCAGUUAGAAGAAGGUUAAACUGUGACUGCAGCGCCUUUUAAAUGUCAGUAUUUUUUCACUGUAAGCUGGUAACAAAUUUACGCCUCUCCAGUUCAUGUAUUUAUAGUAUUUGCCAGUCGCAUUGGAGCUCCAUGGUCACAAAAUGCGACUGCGAGUCACAGUUUGGAUCUCUCCUGGUCACACUGUCGUUUAGCUCAUUAAGUUAAACUCUUACAGCUGCGCCGUUAAACAUGGAUGAUUUAUUCAUAAUGAUAGCAGGGUACGAGGAGGAACUUUGUCGAUGAAAAGAGGAGAAUGAGCAUCAACGGAAACUACUGGACGCUGUUUUCAACCCUCAGCUUUGGUUACACAGAGCAGGUUUGUUCAUAAAACAUUACAAGUUCAUUAUUAAUAAUAUAACUGCAGCUUUGUUCAAUAAAUAUUCAGUCUGUCGACGUUUAAAAGCCACGUUAGCUUCUCUGGUGUCGUUAGCUUCUCUGGUGCCGUUAGCCUUCCUGUAUUGUUUAAUACAGGUGUAUUGUUAAUUAUUUCUACUUCUGGCCAUCAUGUUUUUUUCUUUAGAUAUGUAAUAGGACAAACGUGCUCUUUAACAAUUUCAUGGGAUUUCUUAACUCAUAAGGGACACAGAUAACGUGUUUACUUCCUGUAAAUAGAGCAGUAAAUCUGAUGUCCAUAUAUGUAUUUUGUAUUUAUCUGUUUUAACACCUUAUUUUGACACAAAGACGCAGUCAUAUCUGUAGCAUGUUUUACUGCAUCAUAAUACAGUACAUGUCUCAGGAUUACACUCACCAGCCACUUUAUUAGGUACACCAUGCUAGUACCGGGUU